AUGUUGUCCUUUUUGUGUAUCUCUGUUUUGUGUUUAGCGGGAACGCUUGCUGUUGCUCCCGACAACAAACGAGACGAUGGUGGAUUUUCGCUGUUUUUUGGAACUCAGACGCCAGCACCUCAACUGAAUAGUGGCGGAGUAGAUAUAAAUUGCGUAGAUAAACAAGCGAACUGCGUGGCAUUCGGUAAAGAGUCAUGUGUACCUCCAUACGACAAGUGGGCUCAAGACAAUUGUCGUAACUUUUGUGGAUUCUGUAACGGCCCGACCACACCCGCGCCAGCUUGUGUGGACAAGCUUCAGAACUGUGAGGCGUACGGACAGAACGUAUGUAAUGACCCUCAGUAUGGAACAUGGGCCCAGGAAAACUGUCGUUAUUUCUGCCGCAAAUGUACAGUUCAGCAACUUCAAAUGGCGGACUUAAUGACCACGACUAUCGCACCCGAAAAAUGUGUGGACAAGGUGGACUGUCGGUUAUACGGCCAGAGUUCCUGUUCGGGUAACUUCAAGGGCUGGGCUAAAGAGAACUGUAUGAAUUACUGUGGAUUCUGUGCUGGUGUGCCAACCCCUCCACCAGCUUGUGUCGACAAUAUCAGCAGCUGUGAUCAGUAUGAACAAUCAGCCUGUACAGACUCUCAGUACCAUAUAUGGGCCAUGGAUAACUGUAGGAAACACUGUGGCUUUUGUGGCGGUAGCGGAGGAACGGGUGCUGUAACGCCGUCUUUUAACAAUCCUAUCCCAGCAACAUCAGCACCAGGAUUCGCCGUACCGAACCUUCCCGGAAAGAGAAAUGUUCCUGCUCUGCGAUCGUUGAAGAGGCAAGCCGGUACAGGAGCAGAACCAAAUGGCUUUAUGACAGAGAAACCCCCUACCACCCAGACCAGCACGGAGAGUCCUCCAUCCACGAAGGCGCCUACUACUCUGGAACCCCCUCCAGCACUUCCCUCCCCCGAAAAUGAGGGAACUGGCGCGGAAAUAGUUGAACCAGCGUUUCCAGUCAGACCAGUAAAAACUACCACCGAAAAAGGGCCUGCCCCUCCAACGACAACUUCUACCGAGGCUCCACCAGCAACCUCAACCGAAUCUCCCCCUGAAACCCCAACUACAACAGAAAUGGGUCCCACCUCUACCGAAAUGGCUCCGUCAACUGAUAACGUUACAACCGAGUCACCCAGCGGUUCAGAAAACACAACAGAUUCUGGGUUAUCAACACCUGCACCUUCAAAUGGACCUGAAAUUACAACGGAUUCAGGCGUAUCUGCACCUUCAAAUGGACCUGAAGUGACAACAGAUUCAGGCGUAUCUUCACCUUCAAAAGGACCAGAAAUGACAACGGAUUCAGGCGUAUCUGCACCUUCAAAUGGACCUGAAGUGACAACGGAUUCUGGCGUAUCUGCACCUUCUAACGGACCUGAAAUGACAACGGAUUCAGGCGUACCAACACCUUCUAACGGACCUGAAAUGACAACCAAUUCUGGUGUAUCUUCACCUUCAAAUGGACCAGAAGUGACAACGGAUUCAGGCGUACCAACACCUUCAAAUGGACCUGAAGUGACAACGGAUUCGGGCGUAUCUGCACCUUCUAACGGACCAGAAAUGACAACCAAUUCUGGUGUAUCUUCACCUUCAAAUGGACCAGAAGUGACAACAAAUUCAGGCGUACCAACACCUUCAAAUGGACCUGAAAUGACAACGGAUUCAGGCGUAUCUGCACCUUCAAAUGGGCCAGAUGUGACAACAGAUUCAGGCGUACCAACACCAUCAGGUCCAAUCAUGACAACAGAUUCAGGCAUACCAACGCCUUCAAUAAUGCCUAGUGGGACAACAGAUUCAGGCGUACCAACACCAUCAGUUCCAGACGUGACAACAGAUUCAGGCGUACCAACACCUUCAAAUGGACCUGAUUUGACAACAGAUUCAGGCGUACCAACACCUUCAAAUGGACCUGAUUUGACAACAGAUUCAGGCGUACCAACACCUUCAAAUGGGCCAGUCAUGACAACAGAUUCAGGCCUACCAACACCACUAGUUCCAGACGUGACAACGGAUUCAGGCGUACCAACACCAUCAGUUCCAGACGUGACAACAGAUUCAGGCGUACCAACACCUUCAAAUGGACCUGAUUUGACAACAGAUUCUGGUGUACCAACACCAUCAGUUUCCAGUGAACAACCUGGUUUGGUUUCAACUGAAGUCGUAGCUACAGGAAGUACAGAACAACUCCCGACAGGAUCAACCGAAGUACCAGCCACAGGAAGCACAGAACAACCUGCGACAGGAACAACAGAAGAACCAGUCACAGGACCCUCUUCAGGACCGGACACAGUUCCUCCGUCUGAGACACCAGCUGGUCCUGUUACAGUACCACCUACUUCAACUGGCCCCUCUGUAACAACUAAUGCCGGUGUCACGGAAGUCUGUGAAGACAAAUUAUCAAAUUGUCGACAAUACGGUUUCGAUAAAGUGUGUGUCGAGGGGCCAUACAGACCCUGGGCUGAAGUUCGAUGUCGCAAAUUCUGUGGAUUCUGCGGAGCCCCUACAACACCUCCUCCAUGUCAGGACACCUUGUCAAAUUGUAAUGAGUACAACGAUGACUUGUGUACCAAUCCCAUCUUUAAGAUUUUCAGAGAGGACAACUGCCGAGCUUUCUGUAAACUGUGUGACAAUCCUAUUGCUCCACCAACCACUCAAGCUCCUAGCACCACUCUAGAUCCCAUCAUGCAGAGUUUAUUAACUGACUGCAGAAACAUCAGAACCGACUGUGAUUACUUCCCAGAUAGCUCAUGUUUCGGUGAUUAUGAAGCCUGGGCGAGACGUAACUGUGCUCUCCGUUGUGGAUAUUGUCCAGGUAAACUAGAGGCUUGCGCAGACAAGGAUCCUCUUUGUAAGGAAUACGGAGAGGAUUUGUGUACAACUUAUGAAGGCUUCGCCAGGGAAAACUGUAAAUCGUUUUGCAGCUUAUGUGGAGCUCCCGUGCGACCAUCAAGUGUUCCUGGAUCCGGGAAUACUACUGGUACCGCUGUAACACAACCGUUUGCUCCUUCAAAACAAUCGAAUCUUGCUCCAACAUCCGGAAACUUAACUGCCGCCUCACAGCUUUUGUCACAUACAUACGAGGGACCUCCUUCGGACAAGCCUGGAUUCUGUCAAUACAAGACCCAAUAUCUUAACCUCACUGAGACCUAUACAGAUGGAUGUGAUGUCAGAUGUACAUGUCUGGACAACAUAAGGAACACAGUCGUGUGCACAGAUAUAUGCCCACGAUGGACCUCAACGCCUUCCGAGUGUCACCUAGAAAAGGAUCCGAACGGUUGUUGUGAGCGCCUCGUCUGUAAUAGCGGAAUACUACCAGGGGUUCCCCAAGUCAACCCCACAAAACAAACGUAG